AAAAUAUGCACACAUAUAUUGUAUAAACCAGUCAAUCCAGAUACAUCCCAUCCACGCGGAUCUCAACCAGGAUGCCUUUGAGGGAAGUUUUUCUUUUGGGUGUGCUACUGUUACUCUGUGGUGAAAUCCAAGCCUCGAGGCUUCUGACAUAUAACACAUUUCUCAUGAACUCUGAACCAGAGUUUGACAAGAGGGCCACUUACAUCGCUAACAACAUCGACUCGACAAACGCUGAUAUCAUAUGUUUACAAGAGGUCUGGGAUGAAACUGAGGUCAAAGCAAUAGUGAAUGCUAACAAGGAGAAAUACCCGUUCACCUUCAGUGGUCUCCAUAGUAACACACAAGACUUGGACGUUUCCCGCCCCUUACGCCCUCGCUGCCUGGAGCCCCAAGCUUUCAAAUUGCUUUUCAAAGCAUUGGCCAAUGGAUGUCUUAACGAAGGCAGCGAGAUUUUGAGGUUACAAUGCUUGUAUGAGAAGGCUGGAUACUCUGACAUGUCUCGUUCAUGCAUCUCGUGCGUGUCAUUGACCGGAUUUGACUACGGAACUCUUCUAAAAAACUGUUUUGUCAAAAGAACUAGAAGCAAUCUUCCUGGUCUACUAGUUUUGAGCAAGAGAAAACUUAGUGGACCAAGUCUGACAUAUUUUGAUCCUGAAAAAACCGUAUUCAACAGAGCUUACAUUUCUUUCGAGGAUGAGUCUGUAGGAGACAUCAGAUGUACUCACCAAUCCUCACCGACACUAGCGACGACGGGGGAUGCAUACUUUGAAAAGAAUCUUGUGGAAAAAUAUGGAAGUUGGGAAAAGCAAAAUUUGGAUGAAACGAAGAAACUAGCCAACAGUUUUCCAAACAAUGGAGGUAGUGCAAUAAUCAUGGGAGAUCUAAACGCAGGGCCUUUUACUCCUAUCCAAGGGGACGAGGGAUAUCAUAUGGAUUCAUACAAAUACUACCUCGAUCAGGGAUUUCUGCCUUCUUUGGACUCCGAAUGCACCUAUUGUAUAGAAAAUCCACUUAGUAUAGAUGACGUCAAUUCUAUCAUCGACCAUAUUCUUGUUCGACCUCCAGCCAACGAAAACAAGAUAUAUAGUGCAGAGAGAGUGUUUCGAAACUCUAUCCCAGGAGAAAACUUUCCGCCCUCGGACCAUUAUGGUGUUCAGCUGAAUAUAGAGGAACAAUAGAGGAACAAUAAAACGCAUACUUUAUUUGCUGUUAAAAUAAAAUAAACGAUAAAAU